GUGUCAUCGUCCUCCGCUCAUGAGAGCUAAGCAAGCUAGCAAGCGCGGCUCCCGAGCUCCACCUCCACCUCGCCAGCUCUCCUCGAUCGCCUCAUCCCCCGACGGCGCCGCCAUGGACCGCAAGGGCCCCUCGAGCUCGGCGCCGGCGUCCAUGGCCGCGCUCGCCGCCGCCGCCGCGGCCAGCCAGCCGAGCUCCGGCCAUGCCAACGGGGCGCUGUCGCCGCAUGCGGAGGAGGACGAGAAGCCCGCGACGCUGGCUGCGGCAGGCGGUGGCGGCGCCUCCAGCUCCUCGGACCCGGUGGCCGCGAGGAGGGGCGCGGCGGGCGGCGGCCCGAGCUGCCAGGUGGAGCGGUGCGCCGCCGACCUGAACGAUGCGAGGCGGUACUACCGGAGGCACAAGGUGUGCGAGCCGCACUCCAAGGCCCCCGCCGUGCUCGUCGCCGGCCUCCGCCAGCGAUUCUGCCAGCAAUGCAGCCGGUUCCAUGAGCUGUUGGAGUUCGACGGCGACAAGCACAGCUGCCGCCGGCGCCUGGCGGGGCAUAACGCACGGCGCCGGAAGAGCUCGGCGGAUAGGCACGGCGGCGGCGGCGGCGACCAGGACGGCCGGAGCCACCCAGGGAACCCGUCGCGGAACCACUUCCAGAUCAGAUAAACCUAUCUAAAACAUGCUCCCUCUCUUCUGUCACGCAGCUAGCAUUACCGGUAUACACACCACCCAGAGGUGUGUGCUGUGUCGAUCUGCCACAAAAUAAUCAAGCUGAUUAUGCUGAUUGUAACCUAACCAGCAGGUGAUUAAGCAGGGACCCUGCUAAUUAACGGGUACUACGUAAUUGUGUGUGCAAGCAUUAAGAAUGGAUUAUUCUGAUGUGGAAUUAUUCUCGCAAAAAAAAAUUAUUCGUUCGCCUGUGCCAAACAGUAGUAGUAAUCUGUGCAGGCUGUGUAUGUGAUGUGCUCUGGUAACUGUGGUAGCAAUUGCUGUUUAUUCCAGUGGUACAUUGGCUGGCU